CAGGUGUAUAUAAGGGCGUGUGGACAGCAGCAUGCAGACUGCAGACACCGGCCUCGAGUGUACAACACUGUCGACCACAAGGCACUCGAACGCUAUUGAAAUUUGAAAUAAGAUUUUUGACGGUGACAAGAUACGAUCGAGUUUAAGAUGGCUGAGGCCAGUGAGGACAAGCAGGCAGCAAAGAAAGUUGAGGACAGUUUGAUUGCUAUGACUAAAGGGGAGAGCAACACCAAUCUCAAUAUGGAACUUGUAAUGAGACCUUAUGCAAACUGGGAGCAUUUCCUGUCUCCAGCCCCAAUGUCAAUUGCCUUGUUAGGGCAACUGAUGAUAAUAGCAAGUGAGACUGACUUCUCCCUGGCUAAAAAUCCCCCAACAGAAGGUUUUCAACACAUGAAGCAUCCUUCAUCUUUUCGAGCGUCAUUAUUACAAGUAUCCAAUGCUGUCUAUGAGGCAUUUGACCAGGCUAAUUCCAGUAUGGACCAGAUUCGUAUCCGUACAUUAACACUCCCUUCAGAAGUAAAGAAUGCCUUGAAGAUCAUAAUAGCAGGUGAAAAUAAUGAGAUCAAAAGAAUUGUGCCCAGUAAACUUGCGAGGAUUAAAGAGGCAGCAGACAAGUGUCUUCAGUUCGCAAAAGAAACAGAGUCCAAGUUUGAAGGAGUGAUGUUGCUGACAGCUGAAAUCCUGGAGGCAUGCACCAAAACCCAGGGUGAAAAUGAUCAGGAGGUGGCUACCACUCUCACUACCAUAAAACAUUUGAAAGAAAGGGUGGAGAAAUAUAAACAAGAACAACAAAAUGACCAGAAAGACCUGCAAGAACUGAAAGCAGAUGUCCAAAAUGCCCACAAGCAGAUAGAAGCUGCCAUGGAUGGGCUGCCCUCUGCUUGGGAAACCUUGGGAAUGUCUGUCAUAUCCACAGUUACCACUGGUCUUACACACAAGUUUAGUGGGAUGUUAGGGUGUGUAGCAACUGUAACAACUCAGUUAGGACCACAGAUAAUGGAAACUGCAAAAGCAAUUGCUAAUUCCGGCCAAUUUCCUACUUUGACCCCUGAUCAGGCCCAGCCAAAAACAACAGCCAGACAAAAGGCUGAUAUAAAUGUAUGCAUGAAACAUUCACAAAUAUUAAUUUAUGCUAACAUUCUUAGCAGCUUUAUCAUCGAAAUGGAAUCAGACAGUGAGCAGGAGACUAAGCUCAAACUCUCUGAAAAUAUACACAACAUUGACAAAGGUUCAAAGUAUGUGGAGCUCCAAUUCAAAACCCUUAUAGAAGAAGUGCAGAGAGAAAUUGAUGCUGAUGAAGGAGUCAGAGGUAUUGCCAUUGAAAUAUGUAAGACAGGAGAAAAAAUUGCCCAGGACCUUACCAAACUCAAUUGUGACAUGGACCAGCAUCAAAAUGAGAUCAAAGAAAUUGACAGACAGGUAAAACAGAUGAAAAGAGAGGCACAGUUGUUUCAAACACUUGCAAUGAAAAAGCUUCAAGCGCUCCCAAUUCCUUCCACCACACCACAACAUGCUGGAGCACAAGAAAAGUGUGGGUUGGCAGCAGGGCAAAAUGUCUUGAUUGCAAGCAUUGAGGCUGCACGUUUUAAGACAGAACAGGCAAUGAGUCUUCUGAAGAAUGCUGAAGAACGGCAUGAAAAAAUGGCUAAAGAUAUGAAGGAAAAAAAUGAGGCUGCCAUGAAUCUGAUGCAGGAAAUGUCAAAGCAAGAUGUACGUAGGCUGGACUUGGAAACCAUCCGAUCCGUUCUAUUUCGUGGAAUGAAGGCUUUGGCAAGCAUAAGGGACCAAUGGGCAAAGCUUGUUGAGUUCUUCAAAAUGAUGUCCCAUAUAAUGGAAUGUGCUCUAACAGUAUCCCUUGAAGAGUUCACCAACACUGUGGAUGGAAGCUGUGGAGACAAAAAAGUGGGCACUUUGACCCUUUCCCAUGCUGUCCGUGAUGUGCUAUUUGAAGAGGCUUACAUGGCCAUCAAGAUCAGUCACCUGGUCAACAUGCUGUCCACCACAUAUUGUGAGGUUUCAAAGGACCACAUCAUGGGCCGUAUUGGGGUCCUCUACCAUAUUGUGGCAAUGGACCCAAAAUACCAAUUAGAAGAUAUGAAAUAUCACCAAAGACAACUUCUUGAUGGUUGUCAGGAAGCUCAGAGGAAGAUCCAAGAGCUUGCUUGCUCCAACGCUGAGGAGUUUCAUGCCACCAUCCAAGAAAGAAUUAAUCGUAUUGAGCAUGAAGUCAGCGCUUUGCUGCCUCCCCCAGCAACCCCCGAAGAAGCUGCUGCCAUAGAGCAGAAGAGAGCUGAAAUCAAGGAUGUCAUUGCAAGAGCUGACCAGGAAGAAGAUAAAAAUUUAGCUGAAUGGUUGUAA